UCAUGAGCCUUCCUUUUUAUUGGUUUUGUGGAAAACAGAACUGAGGUGCGUAAUUUCUUAAUGCUGCCGGUGCACUCGUGGCAGAGGAGUAGGAUUUCAGUCCACAAACUGAACUGUGGGACUCUCAGAACAUCCACUGUCUUUGGCUUGCAGUUCUGGUGGGGCCAGUCUAAAUCCAGCUAUUAACAAUGUGACUUCUUUAUUUUAAGGGAGUCCACGAGACGUCCCAGGUGAUGGAGAUGGUGAAAUGAGCUCCAAAAGGUGCCGAACAGAGGAAACAAAGAUCUGUGAGAAAUGCUGUGCAGAAUUCUUCGAUCUCUCUGAAUUCCUUGAGCAUAAGAAAAAUUGCACUAAAAAUCCACCUGUCCUAAUCAUGAAUGACAGCGAGGGAGCAGUCCCUCCUGAAGGCUUCUCCGAAGCUGCUGUCGGGAGCUUCUCGAGUGACCGAGGGGAUAGCAGGGCACGCAAGGACACUCAGGCGAAGGGCUGCGCCGGUUCUGCAGAAAAGAGAGAAGGAAAAAUCGAUGCCGAAUCGGUAGGAGGAAUGUACCUCAAAAUAGAGCCCCCAGCUGCACCCGCGACUCCUGGGCUGAGCUAUCUACCAAAAUCCAAAGUACCGAACACUAACGUGACGUUGCAGACGAUACGUGGCACUAAAGUGGCUGUGAACCAGCGUACCACCGACGCCAUCGCUUCUUCAGCCGCCAGCUUUAACGCUAUUCCGAUGAUCCUGGAGCAGCUCGUGUGCUUGCAGCAGCAGCAGCUCCAGCAGAUCCAGCUGACGGAGCAGAUCCGCAUCCAGAUCGCCAUGAUGGCCCCUCACGCCCUGCACCCCUCCAUCGCCGCUGCCGCCGACCCGCUGAAGGCGCUGGGAGCUCACAUGUCCCAGCAGCUGUCGGCCGCCGUGGCGCUGAUCGGGCAGAAGGCGGGGAGCCAGAGCCUAUCGCUGGAAUCCUUGAAGCAAGGCAAACUACCUCAUGCUAACACUGGUGUUGCGGCCGCCGGCUCGCUGGCUGCCGGCCUCUCCUCCUCCUUCCCCCUGAAGCCGGAGGCGAGCAGAACCUUCGCCGGCUCCAUUUCUCGGUUCCCAAAUCCUUUGCUACCUCAGUCCUCCCACUCCGUCAUCUUCCAGAAUCCCCUUUCGGCUGUUUCUUCUGUCAUAGAUUCCUCAAAGAGGGUGAAAGGGAAACCUCCCAAUAUUUGCGUGUCUGAAAGCAAAUCGAAUGCGGAGGAGCCGUUCUUCAAACACAAGUGUAAAUUCUGCGGUAAGGUCUUUGGCAACGACAGCGCCCUGCAGAUCCACCUCCGCUCCCACACCGGGGAGAGACCCUACAAGUGUAACAUUUGUGGUAACCGCUUUACGACCAAAGGAAACCUUAAAGUGCAUUUUCAGCGUCACAAAGACAAAUACCCCCACAUCAAGAUGAACCCUUACCCGGUUCCUGAGCACCUGGACAAUGUUCCCACGAGCAGUGGGAUCCCGUAUGGGAUGUCUGUGCCACUGGAUGAGUCUAACCUAAUUGUGGAUAGCAAACCCCUGCUGACAACCCUGCCUACCUCCGCAGCCUCCAGCGCUCCUCCGAAUGCCCCCAGCCUCACGGGCACCAAGGAGCCGGCUGCCUUCUCAGCAGAGCUGCCCUCACGGCCUUCUCCAGACAGCGAAGGCGGCUCUUCCUCAUCUGGGGCAGUUGGUCAUGAAUCAGGAACGGAGCAGAGCUUGAGCUCCCCGCAAGCUGCCUGCAGCGUGAGCAUCUUCCACGUGGGCGGGUCGAACGAGCAAGGCUCAGAAACAUCCAAGCUUCAGCAGCUGGUUGAGAACAUCGAUAAGUCCACUGCGGACCCCAACGAGUGUCUGAUCUGUCACAGAGUGCUGAGCUGCCAGAGCUCCCUCAAAAUGCAUUAUCGUACCCACACCGGGGAGAGGCCGUUCAAGUGUAAAAUCUGUGGCCGUGCCUUCUCCACCAAAGGGAAUCUCAAAACUCAUUAUGGUGUCCAUCGGGCCAAUACUCCUCUGAAGAUGCAACACUCGUGUCCUAUCUGCCAGAAGAAGUUCACAAAUGCAGUUGUGUUGCAGCAGCACAUCCGUAUGCAUAUGGGGGGACAGAUACCUAACACACCCAUGCCGGAAAACACCUGUGACAGUGCUGAAGUGGAUCCUGCUGCAGCUGAGAAGAACGGUGACAUCAGCCGCCCAGAUGAGAGCAUGGAAAGCAUGGAGAUGGAAGAGGACCUGGAGUCUCAGGAUGGCCCCAGGAGUUCCUCAAAACCUCCUACCCCAUUCGAUGCACAGUCUGAAUUGCCGGCCGCAGCUGCUGGCUUCUCUGGCAUUGCAGCACUGGAGAAUCAAAUGAAGAUCGUCAGCUCUGCUCUAAACCUGCAGCGGCAAAGCAGCUUGAAGUCUAGUGACAAUGGCUCUACAGAAAGCGAUGGCAUGACGAACGAUUCGUCUUCUGUAGCUGGAGAUCCAGACUAUCAGAAUGGCCGAAGUCCCGCUGCCUCCGAGUCCACCUCGCUGCAGGCUCUGUCCCCUGCCAACAGCCAAACUGAGAGCGUGAGGUCAAAGUCACCGAGCUUCACCAGCCAAGAAGAUGUAGGCACGGGAAGUAAAUCAGAGGGUCCUGAGAGUGCUGCUGGAGAGAUGGAAGGGGUCGUUGCUUUGGAUUUAACUUAUGGCAACAUUGGUCGGAAAGUCAUUAAAGAAGAACCUGGGCUACACUUUGCAAAUGGAGAGUAUGGUCGAAAUAGUAUCCCAGCUACUUUUGUUAGAGCCCCACCAGCCCUCAUAAAAAUGGAAAUACCAAGUGAGCGUCCCAUUAGCACUGGCCAUUUCAUUGGCCCACCAGCUCUCUCCCCUGGUGUUGCCCCCCUCCUCGUGCCACGACCGAAAUUCUGCCGUCCAGCCAAACAGCACAUCUGCACUACGUGUGGGAAGAACUUCUCCUCCGCCAGCGCCCUGCAGAUUCACGAGCGGACGCAUACAGGGGAAAAGCCAUUUGCCUGCACCAUCUGUGGGAGAGCCUUUACAACGAAAGGGAACCUGAAGGUCCAUGUAGGAACUCACAUGUGGAAUAAUUCCGCCAGGCGGGGAAGGAGGCUUUCAAUUGAUAACCCCAUGGCUCUACUGGGGAAUGACCCCAAGAAGGUAUCCGAAAUGUUUCCCAAGGAUAUCAUGGCUCCUUCAGUGAGCAUCGACCCCACAGUGUGGAACCAGUACACGGCGGUACUCAGCAAUGGCAUAGCGAUGAAGACCAACGAGAUCUCAGUGAUCCAGAGCGGCGGCUUACCGAGCCUUCCGGGCAGCGCUGCGGGUGCGUCGGCAAUAAGCACUGCGACGGUUUCCAAAGCGGAUGGGACCCAGUCUGGGGCUGCUUCUGAAACGGAAAAGGCCGGCGGUGCUGCUGCAGACAACGUGCCAAAACAUCAAUUCCCUCACUUCAUGGAGGAGAACAAAAUUGCUGUUAGCUAAGAGCUCUAGUGAAGAUGACGUGCAGAAAGAACAAAUAUAUAUAUACAAACAUAUAUUUUUAAGAGAUUCCACUUCAGCCUCCUAUUUUCCUAUUGACGUGCAAAUGAUUUUAUGGUUGUCUUUGUAAGAUUACGUUGCCCAGAGUACAAUCAUGGUAUUGCUUUGCAAAUAGUAAAUAAUAAAGAAUAGGAUUUCCUUUUAUUUGGAAAGAUGCGGGUCUUGCAAAGUAGUUCUUACGUGUGACUUUAAUGUGUACAGCCUUACAGAAAUUUCUACAACUUGAAAUUCCAAAGGUUUAGAUUAUUUACCUCUUCAUUUAGAGUGAAAUACUUGGGGGUUUUAAAUAGAGUGGAAACAGCCUACUGUUGGUGGAGAAACUUGUAUUUACUGAUAAGAAAUGAAAGCUGUUAAUGCGGGUAAAUAUCCUAGAAUGUCUGCCGCCCUCUUAGAAGUAGUUCUUCUGUUUGAAUUUUCGGCUCUGUGUGAUUUCUGAAUGUUACUUUUUUU